AUGCCUAAUACCAAAGAUAAACGUUUUAACAUUGCAAUGUAUAUGAAAGAAAGGAAAGAAGCAAGGUUUAAAGCUGUUCUAAAUCAUCGAUCGCUAGCGUUGGAGCACAAGAAAAGCGAGAGAAUUCAAGCCAAGGUAUAGAAACCUAAGCAAUGUAUUUGUUAUUCAGAUAUUAACAUUCUAUUUACUAUCAGUAAAUGUUUAACUUUGUUAUUAAUAUAAACAUUUACCUUUAUGCAGAUUGUAAAAGCAAAGGAAAAAACAGCUGCUUUGACAUCUGAUUUGGAAAACAAUAUGGUGAGUUUCUGCGACAAAUCAAAUCAUGUGGUAUAGUAGGAUUAAACCCAUUAAGCCGUAAUAUGUCUAUAUUUUGUUAUUUUACUCUGUCUAAUGCCAGAUGAUUUUACUCAUCAAGGUGAAAAUAUUGGACAUUAACCCAUUAUGCCCCAGCGCUCUCCCCUUGACUAGGAAAAUCGUCUGGCAUUAGACAGAGUAAAAUACUAAAGUAGAUGCAUCAGGGUGCAAUGCGACUCAAUGGGUUAACUAGACACAUGGGCAGAUAGGCCAGUUAACACAUUAAGCGCCAGCGUUUUCCCCUUGACGAGUAAAAUCGUCUGGCGUUAAACAGAGUAAAAUACUAAACUAAGGUGCAUCAGGGUGCAAUGCGACUCAAUGGGUUAACUGGUAAAUUACAGCAGCAUAUUUUGGUUCAUCUAUGCAUUUUACAAUUUACAUUAUAAUAUAGCAUUUGUAAAUUCUGAACGCUGAUUGGCUAAGAGCCGUGUUGAUAUAACUCAAUGUCAACACGGGAAAUUUUCCGCCGCUUGUAAACACGGAAUUUUUUCCUAUCCUUCGGGCUUUUGACAUUGCUAUAUUAUAAAAAAAUAUAAAACAUUUUUUCCGUGUUGAUAUAUAGUAAGAGGUGGUAGCGCAAGGGGACAACACUCAGCGUGUACGCUAAGGGUCGUGAGUUCGAGUCCGGAGCGCGCAAACGAAUUUGAAUUUGGGGGCUACGGUGGCCAAGUGGUUAGCGCACUUGCCUUUCACUUCUGAGGCUGCAGGUUCGAAUCUCACCAAGCACCUUCUCAGUGCGACUCGAACCCAGUCCUCAUGUGAAAAGAGUAAUAGUCAACGCUCUGCCGAAAGCCGUGGGUUUUCCCCGGGUACUCCGGUUUCCUCCCACAGGGAAAGUUGACAGGGUGGGUUAGGUAAAAAGGGCCCACAGUAAUUGGCAUAUGCUGCUGUGGUGACCCUGCCCUAGUUGGCAAAGCUAAAUAAAUAAAUAAAUAAAUAAAAUAAAUAGUUAUAUCAACACUCGUGGAAGUUGGGAAAACUCGAAAUUGUAUGGAAACACGAUGCCUGAAGGGCGUGUCCCAAUUCCACUCGUGUUGAUAUAAAUGUAUAUCAACACGGAAAAUGUUUUAUAUUUGUUAAAUAACAGUCAACUAUUUACAUGCACAGGUAAUAUAUACUGUAAAUUUAAGUAAUGAUAUAAAAGAUUCUGGACUUUCAUGCAAGAAAUACCCCGUCAGAUAAACAAUUAUGAUUUUCGAACACUUUUUUCAGGUUUUUUACAAUUUUAUUAUUUAAUUAACGACAAUACCAGUACUGCUAAUAUAUUGCCUGCCUGUGCAGUUCAACUAUUUUGGCCUUGUUAUUUUGGCUCGGCAACAAUGGCUUCAAUUACCUCUAGUAUAAUUUGUUUGUGAUGGUAAGUGGGAUUUGAGAUGGGCCGUGACCAUUUGAUGAUCCUAAUUAAUUUGUAUUGUUAGCCCUGUAAUUCUGAGACAAGGACAAGAAAAGCUACGACAUUGGAGAAUGGGGUAUCAAAUAUGCCAGUUCGAACAUCAACAAAAAGGAGGCGGGAAACCAUGACAGCGGUAUCAGCAAUCCAUGGUGCAUCCAAGAAGAAUUUAAAGCCUGCUUAUGAUGGGAUGUUCGACACCCUCCAGAAACGAUGCAAGAUGAAAGAUUUAACAAAUUAUGUAUUAGGUAAUGAGAAUUUAACUAAAACUGUAGUUUCUGAACAUUACAAAAAAGAGUUGAAAGAUUUUGAAAAAUCAAAAGAAAAUGCGGAAAGGAGUAUUGCUACAUUUUACUCAAGUGGUGUCAUGGGCAAGAGAAAAUAUCAAAGUGUUAGGCUUGUGCUUUCAAUGACAUCAAGCGAACAAGGUGGGAGAACGGGCAUAUCAAUUUUUCCAGGCUGCAAGGUACCCAAAAUAUUAACAUAUAAUAACCUUGUAAGAGAGUUGAACAAAAUUGAUAUUGGAAAUGUUUUGGAAAUCAAUAACGAGUACCUCAGUGACUUAGAAAUAGAUGCACCCAUCAAUGGCGCAUACAGAGAUCUAAGAGAGUACUUGCCACGUUUAGCUAAGUUCUAUUUGAGUACCGAUAGAAAACAUGCUUUAGAAUGGUACGGUAAAACUGAGG